AUGGCGAACUAUACGAUCGGAAAAAUCAAAAUAGAACAAGAAAUUGGCAAGUUUCUCGUCGUACAAUUUCAAUCAAUGGCCAUAACGCGUGCUAUGAUCACUGUCGAUAUUGUGCAGUUUUUCAAAGCGAUUUGGAACAGGUUAGAGCACAAAAUAAGGCACUUAUUUUACGUGCAAAAUGAAGACUAACAUGUAAACAUCAUAUACAGAUUUGUGGGGGUAAAGCAAACUAUUGUGCAAAAGCGCAAGAAGCGCGUGUUUGCAUCAAGUUUACGAUAAUUUUGCAUGAAUGAUGAAGCUAGUAUGGGGGGUUUCUAAUUUCGUAGUCUAAUGCAAACGUGAAAAUGGAACAAUGUUGCUCUAGUCAUGUAUAAUAAUAUUAUAAUUUUUUUUGAAAGAAUACCAAAUAAACUGUAGUUUAAGAUUUGUGGGACGUUAAUUUUCUUAAUACAUUUCGUUAAAUCGGUAAACAUAGUUGAGGAGCACAGAAACCUUAUACUAUUUACUAGUAGGAUUUUAUGUCAGCCAAAUUUUCUAUUACUCGAAUUUGAUACGAUGCGCGUGCGCGGCGGCCAUGCUGUCUCAGAUUUCUGGCCAUGUGUUUUCAUUCACAAUAACAUCUUAACUGAUCCAUGUUUCCGUUUAAAUGACGUUUUAAAUUUGUAAUAUUUUAGAUCUCUUCGAAUUGUUCUCCAGAAGCAAAAAUGCGAUUUGUGCGAGAUAUUAUGGAGCAGCGUUUCAGGUGAGGAGCAGAAAGAGCAAUCGGAUGUUGAUGAUAGUCCCCAUUUUGAUAGGUUCUUUCGUGUUGGAAGUGUGUUAUUGAUAUAUCGGAUGGUGAAGUUAAAAAUGUUUUUCGGAAGUUUGCUAAUAAUAAUAAUAAUAAUAAUAAUAAUAAUAAUAAUAAUAAUAAUAAUAAUAAUAAUAAUAAUGGAAACUUUUUAUUAGAUAUUUACAAUAUACUAUAUAUACAUUGAUAAACCUCACUUAAUAAAAGGUAGCUUAUCGAUGUCCACUUGAAUUGAGUUUAAAGCUAAAAUAUACAUACAGGUGAAAAUCUUUUAAAUUUAGUUAAAAGUUUAAAAGUUCUGGGUUGUUCCAGUCUUUGUUUCGUCUACAGAAUAUAUAAUAAGACGUGCGAAUACAAGUAGCAAUUAUUUUCUUUUUUACGUAUUUAAUACAUUGUUCGUCGUACUUCAGAUCAUGGAGCAUAUCAAAUAAAGUACUACAUCCUCAUGUGUUUCAGAUAAUGAUAUUUGCAUCUCAACGUACUUAACACGAACCAUCACAAACAUAUGCUUUGAAUUAACUUCGUGA